GAGAGAGAGAGAGAGAGAGAGAGAGAGAGAGAGAGAGAAUGCGUGCGCGCGCGUGUGUGUGUGUUGGUGGUGUGUGUAUGAACAGCAUGGCCAACAUCGCGGUCCAGCGGAUCAAACGGGAGUUCAAAGAGGUCCUUAAAAGCGAAGAGACGAGUAAAAACCAGAUAAAGGUGGACUUAGUGGACGAGAACUUCACAGAACUGAAGGGAGAGAUCGCAGGACCGCCGGACACGCCUUACGAAGGUGGCAGAUACCAACUAGAAAUUAAAAUUCCAGAGACAUAUCCGUUUAAUCCGCCAAAGGUCCGUUUUAUAACGAAGAUCUGGCAUCCCAACAUCAGCUCGGUAACGGGCGCCAUAUGUCUGGACAUCCUGAAGGACCAGUGGGCGGCGGCGAUGACCCUCAGAACGGUCUUACUGUCACUACAGGCUCUUCUGGCCGCCGCCGAGCCGGACGACCCACAGGACGCGGUGGUCGCCAAUCAGUAUAAACAGAACCCAGAGAUGUUCAAACAGACGGCUCGGCUCUGGUCACAUGUUUACGCAGGAGCUCCCGUCUCCAGCCCGGACUACACACGAAAAAUAGACAAGCUCUGUGCCAUGGGCUUCGAUAAAAACGCGGUAAUAGUGGCGUUAUCAUCGAAGUCCUGGGACGUGGAGACGGCGACAGAACUGCUGCUCAGUAACUGAGUCCAAGCCGAGGGGCCAAAGCACCUUAACCCCCCCCCAGACGUCCUCCUCCAUCUUUCUCAAGCUUUUCUUUAUCCGUCUUCUACCAUUCCUCAGUUCGGAGCAGUUCGUCUCAAACCCGUCGUCUUUGUGUUCUUCCAAACGAUCCGCGGCCGCAGACGUCUCCGUGCAGAGAGCGGCGUGACGCAAAAAAAUAAUAAUUCAGACUUUUUCGAGGUUCUGUGAGCCGAUUCUAGAACUGAGAGGUAAACUCGGGAAGUGUUUUCCCGUGCGAUUAUGAGAUUUUUUUCCCCCCUCAAAAUUGAUUUCGUAUCUCAUAUUCGUGAUAUUUGAUUCGACUGACUCGAGUUUUUCUCAAAAGUUGUGAUGGAAAACGUGAACGUUGUGCGAUAAACACUCAAAACUGUGAGGGGGAACAGUGAGGACUGUGAGACGUAAACGUUUUUUUGCGGCAGAAAAUUCCGUCGGUUUGGAAUAAAAUAAAAGACAGACAAAUUUGUAUUUCCAUUCAUUUUAAGCCAUUUUUUCCCCUCUAUUUCUUUCUCUAUCCUGUCUUCUUUACUUAUUUUGGUUUGUAUGUGCCUUUUUUUUUUUCUUUAUCAUCAUCAUCAUCAUCAUCAUCUUCGUCAUCGUCUCCCUCAGACUGGUUCUGCAAUCUGACGCUAGCCCCGCCCCCUCGCUCACGCGCCCAAUCAGCACUAGGGUUGCCCCGCCCUCCUGCACAAUCAUUGGCCCUUUUAUCUGGAAAACCUUCGAGUCACGUUUUUAGACGUCCAGAGUGUCAAACAGAAGAGAAGCGGAAGAAACGCACACACGCAAAUAAACGAAAGACCAGAGUUCAUCUGUAAAUAAAGCUAUUAAAGUCUGUAUAAAUUAAAGCAACGUGGCAAUGCCUUUAUUUAUUAUUGCUUUGUGGAAUAGUGAAAUAAACUCCAGUUUCAUGGCUGA